CAGAACAUUACAUGUUUACACAAAAUAAUAUUUAACAACUAUCUUAUGUAUAAAUUAAUGCAGUCACUAACACAAAUUAAAUCUAUACAGUCUACUCGUCACAAUGUUUCUUAUUAAAUCUUUGUGUUUUUUCGCGUUUUUACAAACAGUUAUUUCUGAUCUGUCGUCAAUGGAGCCAUGUUUAGCAACAGAUAUUGAUUGCUUAUCAAAAACCACCCAAACAUUUUUGGACAACACAAGCGGUGGUAUUCCACAAUUCGACAUCAGGACUUUGGACCCUAUAACCAUUCCGCAUUUAGAUGUCACCCCGGAAGGUGUUGGGGUGACGUUCCAUUUGAAAAACAUUGUUGUACAAGGCUUCAAGGAUCAGAAAAUUUCCUCUUUCAAAUUAGAUAAAGACAGCAAAGCAGUCAGCUUAAAAACGAAGGUAAACGUCACUUUUAACAGUGAUAUCACCGUAGAAUUACACAAAUUGUCCAAAUCAUACUCUGGGAAAUUGGAUGCGCAAGCAUAUGCUGAAGGGCAUGCCCAAUACACCUACGUUUUCAAAACUGACGAUAAAGGUGUAGAACACUAUGAGGUUGGUCCCGAAACUAAUUCUUGCGAACUGCUCGGAGAUCCUAAAUUUACUUUAAGCCCUGAUCUUGUGUCUGCUUUAGAAGCUGAUGCAGAAUACCAAGCAGAAAAAGCGAAACACAGUGGAAUAGUGUCGAAGACUCGUGAAGCGAUUAUCUGUGAAGUAGUGAAAACAGUUUAUGUUACAGCAAUACAUAACAUACGAGCUUCCGCAAGGAUUUUGCCAAAAUCUGCGUUUUUCAAAGAUGUCUAGAAAUUAAUAAAUAAAACGUCCUACAGUCAAAA